UUAAAUUGGGUGGCGGUUAGCGCGGAGCUGCGUUCUUUCACCGCAGGGAGGUUUUCCUCGGCUCUUUCUUUGGGACGCAGCGCCAUGGCUCCUAGGAAGGCCGGCAGUCGGGUGGCCAAGACCAACUCGUUACGGAGCCGGAAGCUCGCCUCCUUCCUGGAGGACUUCGACCGUGAGGUGGAAAUACGGCUCAAGCAGAUUGAGUCGGACAGGCAGAACCUCCUCAAGGAGGUGGAUAACCUCUACAACAUCGAGGUCCUGCGGCUCCCCAGGGCGGUGCGCGAGAUGAACUGGCUGGACUACUUCGCCCUUGGAGGAAACAAACAGGCCCUGGAAGAGGCAGCAACAGCUGACCUGGAUAUCACUGAAAUAAACAAAUUGACAGCAGAAGCUAUUCAGACACCCCUGAAGUCUGCCAAAACACGAAAACUAAUGCCAGUAGGUGAAAAGAUAGUGGAAGAGGAAGAAGAAGAAAAUAAACAUAAGACUCUUUCAACUGCAAGAGUCAAAAGGUGUCCUCCAUCCAAGAAGAGAACACAGUCCGUACAAGGAAAACGCAAAAGCAAAAGGUCAAGCCAUGGUAACACUAUUACCCCAGCUGUGGGCCGAUUAGAGUUGUCUAUGGUGAAACCAACUCCAGGCCUGACACCCAGGUUUGACUCGAGAGUCUUCAAGACCCCUGGCCUGCGCACUCCAGCAGCAGGAGAGCGGAUUUACAGUAUCUCAGGGAAUGGCAGCCCUCUUGCUGACAACAAAGAGGUCUUCCUCACUGUGCCAGUGGGCGGCGGAGAGAGCGUGCGAUUAUUGGCUAGUGACGUGCAGAGGCUCAAUAUUGCCCAGCUGGAUCCAGAGGCCCUGGGAAACAUUAAAAAGCUCUCCAGCCGUCUUGCCCAGCUCUGCAGCAGCAUACGGACCCACAAAUGAGAAGCCACACUUGACAGGGUAGACCUUCACUGGAUUCUUCUGGAACCCUGAAAAGACUUCCCUUCACGCUUAUUGUUUGAGUGUGAAGUUCCAGAGAAGGGAAUAGUGUUCUUCCUGAGGAAUUCGGGAAGGGGGAGACGCACUGUUUCCACACCAGUUAGAUAAGACUUUGUUUUUCAUAUGUCCCAAUCCAAGUGACCCCAGCCACUGCCCACUGCGUCCAUGUGAUAGAAAAUUCCCGUCGUUCUCUCAGUUGAUAUCCCCCUGUUCUCUGACCUGCUGCCUUCUGCCUAUUGUCAUUUAGCAUCCUCUCUGCCCUGCCCGACCUGCGAUGGAGGUGGCAUAGAAGAACCCCAUGUUCUGGGGGAGACUGCUUCCCACACUCCUCCGACAACCCUCUGCAUCUGGCAUUUCUGCUCUGUGUAUGAUUGGAGAUGGGAGUGUAGACUUACAGAAGUGAGAGCUCUGAGCCAAGAGAGGGCAGGUUCAGAAAGUGGGGGGACUGUACAGAUCAGGCCUGGACAGAAUAAGGUGGGUCACAGCAGUGAUCCCAGCAGCAGAACAUGCAUGUCUCCCCUCCCACACUCAUUCGCUUCUCCUCCUGUGGGGGUACUAAAUGGGGCUUUGGAAUCUUUCACCGGCUGUGCCCAGUAAUUCUUUUCAAGCUUACUGUGAACAGCUUUUUGUGUUUAUCCCUGUUUACCCAAGACCAAAAAUUGGUUUUGAGGCAGCUUCCAUGUGUUGCUUCUCUACCUCUCUAGUUAGUGAGAACUUGGAUAAUGGAUUUGUAGGGCUUAGAGUCUAGGGUUUUAUGUGACUGGCCUCAGAGUCACUAUCUCUGAGUUUUCCAUGGUCCAGUGAUCUCUGCCAGGUCUGUAGACUCUGCAGAGAGCACUUCUCUCUCAAGGGGUUCAUCAGGGGCACAGAUGUGACUUGUCUGAUGGCCUCAUUUCACGUGUCUGACAUUGACUAUUUAUGCAGAGUCUGCAGUGAAAUCUUUGGGCUUCAGCCAACUUCUCUGCCCCCAAAGAAUCAUGAGCUGUGUUCUGAAAAUUUGGGAAUUAGAGUUCUCAUCCCCAGGCUUGAGGGAACACAGCAUUCUCAUGUAUGGCUCUUUGCUGUAUUUGGUAUUAUUUCACGAGAUGACCAUUUUAAUGUUCAGUCCUUUUCAAGUUGAAUUCUGUUCAAGUUGCUUUAUUCUCCUUUUCCUGAGACUUUUGUACAUAUUGUUUUCCUGAGUGAUGGUAUCUCUAAGCUGAUUUGUUCUAAUUAGCUACUGAAAGGUCCCUGCUUUCAAUAAAUUCUUGUUUUGUUUUUUAUCAAUA